AUGGGACAGGACAAUGAAAGUUUUGCCAAUGAGUUCAUCUUCCUGGGCCUUUCUAGCCAUCAGGAUACCCAACUGGGUCUCUUUGUGCUUUUUCUUGGAAUCUAUGUCAUCACAGUGGUGGGGAAUACCCUCAUUAUUACUGCCAUCCACUUGGACCCACGGUUCAACACACCCAUGUAUUUUUUCCUUGAAAACCUGUCCUUUCUAGACAUCUGUUAUUCAACUACUGGAGCACCACAGAUACUGGCCCAUUUCUUGGUGCAGCACAAAACCAUCUCCUUCAACAGAUGCAUGGCUCAGCUCUUCAUCUCUCUGACUCUGGGAGGGACUGAGUUUCUUCUCCUGGCUGCGAUGGCCUAUGACCGCUACGUGGCCAUUUGCAACCCCCUCCAGUAUAUGGUCAUCAUGAGAAGAAGCAUCUGCAUCCUGCUAGCAGCAGCUUCGUGGACUGUUGGCAUCCUUAAUGCUCUAGUGCACACCAUCUUCACUGCACGCCUGCGGUACUGUGGCCACCCUCUCAUUAACCAUGUCUCCUGUGAACUUCUUGCUCUCAUCAAGGUGGCCUGCUUUGACACCCACACCAAUGAGAUUGCAAUCCUGAUCCUUAACUUUGUUGUGCUCCUGGUCCCCUGCUUCCUGGUCUUGGUCUCUUACAUUUACAUCAUCUCCUCCAUCCUACAAAUUCAUUCUUCACAAGGAAGACACAAGGCCUUCUCCACCUGUGCCUCUCAUCUCACCGUAGUGAUCAUGGCUUAUGGAACAGCCAUCUUUGCAUACUCAAAACCAAAAGGAGGCAAGUCAUCACACAACCUGAACAAGAUGAUUGCUCUCUUCUAUGGCUUUAUCACUCCUAUGCUUAAUCCCAUCAUAUACAGCCUGAGGAAUAAAGAUGUGAAAGAUUUUCUGGCAAAAGCCAUGAGGAAAGAUCACCUCUGAGAA